AUGUCAAGCAAUCACGCAAAAACAGACAAUUAUCCAACGUUGAGUCGUCCCUUCGAAUCCAUGAAGCCAGAGUACGAUGUUCUGGUCAUAGGCUCUGGGUAUGGAGCUGGCGUAGCAGCCAGCCGAAUGGCUCGAGCAGGAAAGAGCGUGGCAGUACUAGAGCUUGGUUGGGAAAGAAGAUCUGGGUCAUUCCCGCAUACAUUCUCGCAGUGCCUCAGAGACAUGAAUGUCUCAGGAAACUCCGCUAACAAUGGCUUCAUCUCAAAUUGGCUUUCCUCACGAGAUCCGACCAGGCUAUUCCAGUUGACUCUGGGCGAUGGACAACAUGUGUUUUCUGCUCAUGAUUAUGCUCGCGCAGAAACAAUGCUCCAGCCCUCUGUGUACCCGGAGGACUUUCCAACACCGAGCAAGUUUGAGCAUCUACAAGAGCAGUCAAAGUCCAUGGGAUACACGAAAAACUUCCGUCGAGCACCCCUAACCACGUUUUUCCACCGCGGCCGCAACAAUGCGGCUGUACAAAUGGAGGCAAAUAGCCGAACUGGCCAUGAGUGCACAGGUCUUAAUGAUGGCUCGAAGAACUCCGUGGCUACAACGUAUCUUGCAGAUGCAUGGAAUUGGGGCGCUGAAAUAUUCUGCGGUUGUGAGGUUCGAUUUGUAGAGAAGGCUGACGAGGGACAAUACAUUGUCCACUUCGCCUGGCACGGAAGUGGGAGAUCGGUUUUCAGUGAUCAUUUCAGAGAGAAGCUGUUCUGGGUCAAAUCGCGCGAAUUUUGCUUCCUUGGAGCAGGCUCUCUGGGAACUACAGAAAUUUUGCUCCGGUCAAAGAGCCGUGGCUUGAAAAUGUCUCCGCUGGUUGGCCGAAAUUUAUCCGGAAAUGGAGAUAUGUUAAUAUUCGGAUACAACGAGAAAACCAACAUCAACGGGAUUGCUCGGCAAUCUUCGGACCCCAUGCUUCUCCCUGGACCGACAAUAUCUUCGGUGAUUGACAAUCGAAAUAUUGACUCUACCAGGGGUCGCCUGUCUGGAUACGUUCUUCAAGACGGUUGUAUCCCAGAGGCUUUUAACCCAGUCAUUCAUUCCAUGCUCAUUCUCCAAACCAUGAAAAAUCAAGCGUUAUCUCUCUUUGUGGACACCCGCAACGAGAAAGGGAAAUUUGUUGCCUCGCUGAAGUCCCUUCUACUUGGACCUUAUGCCCUGGGCGGAGCUCUCCAGCGGACAUCAACAUAUCUUGUGAUGUCCCAUGAUAGUAACGAGAUGAUGUCAACGCUUAAAAACGACCAGAUUUGUCUAUCAGCGCCAAAAGAAGGUAGAUCUGAGCAUUUCAAAAGGAUAAAAGGGAUGUUUCACGAUCUUUUCACUCUCACGGGAGCGAAAAUGGGAGUUUCAUACUUUUAUGGACGUCAUCAAGAGGAAGUCACUGUCCAUUUACUAGGAGGUGCCAAUAUGAGCUGUGAUGGCACUGGACAAGGCGGUGCUACAAAUCAGAUUGGAGAGGUCUUUACCGGUCAUGGCAGUCAAGUACACGGCGGCCUCGUAUGCUGUGAUGCAUCAAUUAUUCCGACGGCACUUGGCGUGAAUCCCCUGGCAACAAUAUCCGCCCUAUCCGAGCGAUCUUUGGACUUCAUCACGAAGAAGGCUGGACUGUUGAUUGACCUAGAGACCAAAAAUGAUCCACUGGAUAUAUACAGCAAGCCCAAAUGGCCAAAAGACAACCCUCGUCAGCAAUACAGCUCCAACGGUCUCCCAACUUCCAUUGGCUGGCAGUUUACAGAAGCCUUAUUUGGACACAUAUAUGUGGGUCCAAGUGUCAAAGAUUAUGGACUUUCUGAAGGCAUGGGAAAGAGUUCAUCUUGUUCUAUCCAGAUGCUUCUCACAGUGGAUAUAUGCAAACAUCUGGAGUCUGGUUAUCAAGGAGUCUGUGCAGGAACGGUCUCUUGCCAUGCGCUGUCCAAGUCUACCCUUAGAGCCCAGGGCAAAUUGGAAUUUUUUACAACAGUGAAAGAAAGCGCAGAGGCAUUGGCAAUUUUAUACCACUUGCAGCUCGUCUCGGUGGACGGUACAACAUACCAUCUUGAGGGACGCAAAUUGAUUGACUCAACUAUAGCUUUCUCCGUUAGAAAGACAUGGAAAGUCACAACUACCGUCAAUUUGAGUAUCACCCGACCGGAUGGAACGAAUGUUGGAUUUGGGGCAGUCCACAUCUCGUUGUCAGACUUCAAGCGGCAAGUCCAGACUUUCCGGACCACCCAGAUCUUCCGUGUUGGACUCCUGUUGACCUUGAUCACUUUUUUACUAUCUUUCUUGUACCACAUCAGCAUCUAUUUUUUCCGACCUUUUGGACCUGUGCAAUACCCCACGGCGCCGGCUCAAUUCAACAUCGACACGAAGAAACCCAGUCCAGCCUCAUACGAGAUAAAGGCAUCUGACGGUGUUCAGGUGCGCCUCGAUGUAUAUGAGCCAUCUUCAACAUCUGAAUGGGUAAAAAGUCAAACGACUCUGCCACCAAUCCUGCUUCUGCCUGGAGUCACAGGACUUGACGCGAAACACAAUCUAUUCGCAUUGCCUUUUCUACGAUGCAAUGUGGUUCAAUAUUUCACCGAACGUGGUCAUCGCUGCUACGCAUUGACGCCUCGCUGGGGCUGUGAUUCUAAAGACGCCUCAAGGGGCACCGUCUUUGACUGCCGUCUAGACGUUGCUGCGGCAUUGAAAACGAUCCGAGACAGGGAGCCACGAAAACCUUAUGUGAUAGCUCAUUGCCAGGGCUCAGUAGCUCUGUGCAUGGGAAUCCUUGAUGGCACCAUCGAAAGCAGCCAGAUUCUUGGGAUAACUGCAAAUUCCGUCUUCAUGAAUCAAGUUUUUGGGUAUUGGAACUCGCUCAAAGGGAGGACUACUUUGUUGAUUCGACUCUACGAGUUCAUGGCAGGUGAUUAUUUUCCAAUCUUGAGCAGCUCUGUAAGUCCUUUGUUCCAAAGGUUGCUCGAUUGUAUACUUUGCCUUUAUCCAGUUGGACACACACGCGACAUUUGUACCUCGACGGCAUGUCGUCGAACUUCGUUCGUGUUUGGCUUACUGUGGAACCACCAGAACUUAGACCUAGGACUCCACGAAAAUGUCCACCAGUUCUUCGCAGGAACCUACACCCGACUUAUGAAGCAAGUUGUGAACAUGGGAACCAGGGGAAUCUGUGUGAACAAUGAUGGGCAUUCUCUUCUCACGAAAGAGAGCUUGGAGAGACUUCAAGGUCUUCCUAUCUUGUUCAUCUCGGGUACAGACAACCAGGUGUUCGAUCCUGAGACCACGCUCAAGGACUAUGAGCUCCUACGGCGGCAUUUUGGAGAAAAAUACUACCGUAGGUUCCUGGCCGAGGGAUAUGGGCACCUUGAUCCUAUUGUAGGCAAAAGAGCUGCCACGGAUGUUUACUGGAGAAUCUUUGCGCAUUUGAGAGGGUGUAUUGGAGAUGAGCAACCCCAGAGCAAUGGUGUGAUUACUGCCUAG